CCCGUUGGCUCUUCUCUUUUCCCUCCGCUCCGUGCCACGGCCCGUUGGCCACGGCCGCCGCAGCCUCCUCCCCUCCCUCCCGCUCGCCGCGCGCACGCCACCGCCUCCUUCCCUCCUCCCGCUCACAGUGCCCGCCACAGCGUCCUCCCCUUCUCCCGCUCGUCCAGAGGCACGAUGUCCCGGAUCUCCACUCACCGGCGUGCUACCUGGUUUGCAACCCGGCCACCGCCUCCCAGCAGAUGAUGUGGCUGGAUCCCCAUCGCCUCCCAGCAGAUGACGCGCACCUUCCUGCUCUUCGAUGCCGCCGCGUCCCAGCACGCGUUCCACCUGCUCCAGUUCUGGCAGGACGAAGAGAUCGAGGCCGAAGAGGACACGGACGAGGAGGACGAGAACGCGGAGCGGGAGGACGCCGAGCACGAAGUUGUGAUGGAAUUUUGCCGGCCGCCGGAACGUCGAGAUCUGGGAGGCGGCCCUGAGGACGCUCGGCGUGGGACUUCCUCUGCACUUAGGCGGCGCCGGCGCUCCUUCCUCUCCUCACGCGCGGCAGCCUUACCAGCCUCAUGCUGCUCAUCCCAUGGCCCCUCAGCACUUAUCCUCUGCUGCGGCACGCGUUUGGGCACAACGCGUUUCCUGUUGACUGUUUAUCCGGUUGCUCUUAGUGUUUUGUUGCAGGCUGUGGGGUUUCCAGUCUUCCAGGGGAGGGUAUGGGUAAUUGUUUGAAGUAAACUGUACCAUGCUAAUUUUGAGACAGCCACUUUAUGCUGAAGAAGAUUGGAAGCAUUGCUUAUAGUCAAACAUUGCAACAGACUUUCUGGUUGGUGCUAUGCGAGUGUUUGAUUAAUGUGGCAUAA